CCGACACACUACCAAUAGCUUAAAGCACGGAAUUACGAUAUCUCUCACUUUACUUUGGCGGCGGCAAAGACGGCAGUGUGACAGUGAAGAAUGCUUUUUGUACAACCACCCACUAAGUGAAGAGGAACUCAAAAAAGUUGUCGGCUUCGAUGCACCUAGGAAGCGUGCAGGUGACAGCUAUAAUGCGUCUAAGCAGCGUGCAGGUGACAGCUACGAUGCCUCUAAGCAGCGUGCAGGUGACAGCUCCGAUGCCUCUGAGAAACGUGCAGGUGACAGCUCCACGCGUGGAUGUGUGUCUCGGCGGCUACUUUUGUUGUUUCUGGGGUUAUUGUGUUGUGUUGUCCUCUGCUGA